GAAAGUGGGUGUCAAUCAUGAAAAUCGCAUCAAAUGCUCAAUUAAUUCCGAACGCUGUACUAUAAGAUACCGCGAAAAGGGGAAAAAACAAUAUAAAAACUCCGAUAAAAUACACUAGAAAAUUGUUAUUGAACGGAGGAUCUCAAAGGAUUGAUAUUUUUAGAAAUUCGAAAUGGUGCGAAGAAUCGCCGACCGUUUGCUCGCUCUCGCGCAUGAUCGCGGACAACUCUACUGCAUCAAUACCGGAGGUGCGGAGACGGUUGCGCUAUUUGUGUUGAGUAGUGCGACUCAAGUGUGAGUUGAAUCUGUUGACUUCCGUCAAAAAAUGUCAAUGAUGCGGAUGAGAGCAGUGAGAUGUCCUACGGAUGAGCUGAGCCUCUCCAACUGCGCUAUUAUCAAUGCAAAUGAUUUUCCAGAUGAUGUCAGACAUAUCGAAGUAACUACGACACCAAAUUAUCAUUUUGUAUUCACUGUGAGGACACAUCAUGAAGUUCCUCCUGGUACAGUUGGCUUUAGCUUGCCUCAACGAAAAUGGGCAACAUUGUCCCUUAAUCAAGAAAUUGAGGUUCGACCAUAUCACUUUGAUCCAACUUCUAAUACAGAAUGUUUAUGCACCAUUGUUGUGGAAGCUGACUUUCUGCAGAAAAAAACUGUUACUUUGGAACCAUACAAUACAGAUGAAAUGGCCAGGGAAUUCCUGCUACAGUUUUCAGGCCAGGCAUUCACCGUGGGUCAGCAGCUGGCAUUCCAGUUUAAAGAUAAGAAAUUGCUGGGACUGGUUGUCAAAAGUUUGGAAGCUGCUGACUUAUCGGCCAUCAGUUCGGGACAAAGCACAGUGCCUAAAAAGACCAAAAUGGGUCGUUGCUUAGGUGACUCUGUAAUACAGUUUGAGAAAGCAGAGAACUCCAGCCUGAAUCUCGUUGGACAAGCUAAAGGGAAAGCGGUUCGACAGGCGAUUAUCAACCCAGAUUGGGACUUUCAGAAAAUGGGAAUUGGUGGCUUAGAUAAGGAGUUCAGCGCCAUUUUUCGAAGAGCGUUUGCAUCCCGUGUUUUUCCGACCGAGAUUGUCACUCAAUUGGGUUGCAAGCACGUAAAAGGAAUCUUGCUAUAUGGGCCGCCUGGUACAGGAAAAACAUUAAUGGCUCGUCAAAUAGGAAACAUGCUAAAUGCAAGGGAACCCAAAAUUGUAAAUGGUCCACAAAUUUUGGAUAAAUAUGUGGGAGAGAGUGAAGCUAAUAUUAGGAGAUUGUUUGCUGAUGCGGAAGACGAAGAGAAAAGGCUUGGACCAAACAGUGGACUUCACAUAAUCAUAUUUGACGAAAUAGAUGCUAUUUGUAAAUCUCGAGGUAGUGUUGCUGGAAACACGGGAGUUCACGAUACAGUGGUUAAUCAGUUGCUUGCAAAGAUCGACGGUGUCGAGCAGUUAAAUAAUAUUCUUGUUAUUGGUAUGACUAAUAGAAGGGAUAUGAUUGACGAAGCUUUAUUGAGACCUGGCAGAUUGGAGCUGCAAAUGGAGAUCAGUUUGCCGGACGAACAUGGACGAUUUCAGAUUCUCAACAUUCACACAUCCCGAAUGAGAGAUUACAAAAAAAUAGCGCCCGAUGUAGAUUUAAAAGAAUUGGCAGUGUUAACUAAAAAUUUCAGCGGCGCAGAAUUGGAAGGUCUAGUCAGAGCUGCACAGAGUACUGCUAUGAAUCGGUUAAUAAAAGCCUCCAGCAAGGUAGAGGUAGACCCGUCUGCGAUGGAGAAGCUUAUGGUUUCUAAAAGUGAUUUUUUCCACGCGCUAGAGCAUGAUGUUAAACCGGCAUUUGGUACAAGUGCUGAAAUAUUGAAUCAAUUGUUGACACGUGGAAUCAUCAACUGGGGCAGACCAGUGGCCGAAAUUCUCGCCGAUGGCAGUCUAUGCAUUCAACAGGCUCGGGCGACUGAAGGAUCUGCCCUGGUGUCUGUUCUUUUGGAAGGACCACCGAAUAGUGGGAAGACAGCGCUUGCUGCACAAAUUGCAAAGAAUUCAGACUUUCCAUUCGUUAAAGUGUGCACACCUGAUGACAUGGUUGGCUUUAUUGAAUCUGCAAAAUGUCUCCUUAUACGGAAGGUGUUCGAUGAUGCAUAUCGUUCACAACUCAGCUGCAUUUUAGUUGAUAAUAUAGAACGUCUGCUAGAUUAUGGACCAAUCGGGCCAAGAUACUCUAAUCUGACAUUGCAAGCACUUUUGGUAUUAUUAAAGAAGCCGCCGCCACCUGGUCGUAAAUUGUUGAUUUUGUGCACUUCUAGUCGCAGACAAGUAUUAGACGAUCUGGAGAUACUCUCAGCAUUUAAUACUGUUCUUCAUGUGCCUAAUUUAUCAACCCCUGACCAUCUGUUAAGUGUAUUGGAUGAAGUGGAUCUCUUCACGAAACACGAACUGACAUCUUUGCAUGCAAAACUUCAAGGAAAACGGGUAUUCAUUGGUAUUAAGAAAUUACUGUGCCUGGUUGAUAUGGCACGUCAAGUGGAACCAAAUUACAGAGUCGCGAAAUUUUUAUCGAAACUAGAGGAAGAAGGCGGCCUAGAGUAAAAUAUAUUCCUUUAAUCUAUGCUAGUUGGGAAGCAGAGCUGCUGUUAAGCAUACGAGACGCCUCUGUGCAAAGGGGAUGCCCUUAAUAUAUGACAAAAUAUUUUUGUAAUUUGUUUAAAUAACUUUAUAGAGGGCAAUUUUUCAUUUUUGCUCCUAAUACUAAAAUGAUUCGGCACGGUUCUACACUGUACAGAAAGAUUUUUAGAGGCGCCGGGAAAUAAACUAUCCGAAUUCGAUCAAUGAUAUUAGAUUUUACGGUUUCUCUAAAUCCAUAUGCAGUAUUGUGUUUCGAAAGACAUAUCUGACAGGAACGAGCACACGCAAUUGGUGUGAAGAAUAGAGAAGUGAUUUUUAAAAUUUAAUUUGGCGUCUUUGUGCAAUGCACAACUUGCACACCGGCUUGCGGCAGCCCUGCUGGGAAGUGUAGACACAGACAAGGAUGCUUCUGAGCGCUACAUUUGUGUUUUGGCUGCAGCGCGCUCAAGCCGAAGCAAAUUUGGUUGCUCAAGGUAAAACGCGUCUUCAAGUUGUAGUAAUUUAUGUAGAAAUGGCUUAGUGAGAGGUAUAUAGUCGGUGACACCUAGAUCCUCUGUGUCGCAGUAAGUUCUUAUAACAGAAAAAAAUAGAUACACAUAAUUGCCAGCUUGCAUUGUGGUGUACAUUAGAAAAACGCGUAUUAACUCCAUAUUUUGAAAUACAAGUGCACACCAUAUUAUAGAUACUUAAUUAAUGGUCAAUCUUGUAAAUUACUAAAGUGAAUAUCGAAGCAAUUUAUAUAAUAUUUUUAUGUGAUAAUUGUUUUGAUAUAAUCUUAAUUUGAUUUAAUUUUGAUUAAUCCAGCAAACCGGAAGGAAAGCUGCUUUAUUUUAUAUUAUUUUAUAGUUUUUUUCAGGGAUUAACGAGUUAAUUUCUUGGGCUUGUAUAUGCUCGUAAAAAUGAUAAUUUAUCACAAUUUGAAGAAAUCUGAUUGUUAUAUAAUAGUAUAUACAAGUGUUGUACAGUUAUCACGGAAACAUGUAAAAAAAAAAGGACGCAAAUAUUUGGAAUAACAUGCAAUACCUGA